UCAUGCCUCUCCCACCUCUUGAUAGGAAGUUGCAGUCAGCUUUUGGAUUAAAGCGAAGAGGAUCAAACCAAGCAGAGAGCGAGAACGAUGGGAGAACAGAAAAACAAGAGAUACAAACAAAAAUGAACACGUAGAAUCUUGUCUUCUUUGCGAUGUGUCCAAAAUGUAGCUCCUAAUGGGCCCCAUCUUUGUUCACUCCCACAUGUUUAGAAACUAGUUCUUCAACACAUACAUCAACUCCACUUGUGUUAUUCUACAUACAUUUAUCAUCACUCUGAUGGCGGAUUCAAGUGAGCAAUUCGAUGUUAUUGUGAUCGGGGCUGGCAUAAUGGGGAGUGCUACAGCUUAUCAGGCAGCCAAGCGUGGUAAAAAGGUGUUGAUUUUGGAGAAAUUUGAUUUUCUGCACCACUUGGGUUCGUCUCACGGAGAAUCAAGAACUCUGAGAACAACGUACCCGGAAGAAUAUUACUCGUCGAUGGUUAUAAAGGCGGCUCAGCUUUGGGAAGAGGCGGAGGCUGAAAUUGGGUUUAAGGUUUAUUUCAAGGCGAAACAGUUUGACAUGGGUCCGGAUGAUGACAAGAGUUUGUUGUCUGUUAUUGAUAAUUGUGGGAGAAAUGGGAUUUCUCACCGGGUUCUUGAUGCCCGCCAAGUGUUUGAUGAAUUUACUGGGAGAAUUGAGGUUCCUGAGAAUUGGGUUGGUUUGGUUACGGAGAUGGGUGGGGUUAUUAAGCCUACUAAGGCUGUUUAUAUGUUUCAAGCACUUGCUUUUAAGAAUGGUUGUAGGCUCAAAGAUAAUUGUGAAGUUGUUGAUAUAAGGAGGGAUACUGUGAGAGGUGGCAUUUUGGUGUGUACUGCUAGAGGUGAAAGUUUUUGGUGUAAAAAGUGUGUUGUGACAGUUGGGGCUUGGAUGCAGAAACUGAUUAAGCAAGUAAGUGGUGUUGUACUUCCUAUUCAACCUUUGGAAACUUGUGUGUGUUACUGGAAAGUUAAGGAUGAUCACGCCACGAAGUUUACUAUCGAGAGUGGUUUUCCAACGUUUGCUAGCUAUGGUGUGCCAUAUAUAUAUGGUACGCCAUCGCUUGAGUUUCCGGGACUGUUGAAAAUUCCGGUACAUGGGGGUCGCAAUUGUGACCCUGAUGACAGGACAUGGACUGUAGCACCUUCAGCAUUGGAGGCAUUGAGGGAGUGGAUUGAUGGGAGGUUUGGCGGCUUGGUUGACUCAACGAGGCCGGUGUCGACUCAAUCCUGUUUGUAUUCCAUGACCCCGGAUGAGGAUUUUGUGAUUGAUUUCUUAGGUGGAGAAUUUGGAAAUGACAUUGUUGUUGCGGGAGGCUUUUCGGGUCAUGGGUUUAAGAUGGGUCCAUUGGUGGGUAAGGUUUUGGCUGAUCUCGUGAUCGACGGGGAGACCAAAGAUGUGGAGCUAAAUCACUUCAAGUUGGGGAGAUUUGAGGGAAAUCCUAAAGGAAACUUAAAGGAGUUUGAAGAUCAGGUUAAUGCAUUGUUUUAUUAAAAGAAGUCAUUGUAUUUUGUGUGUUAAAUCAUCUUAGAUUAAUGAAUUACUAGCUUUGCAUCAUUGUUUAAGCUCUUGAUAUUUUAUGUUUCGAGUUAUAUUGUUGGAGUGGCUAAGCUUUUCUUCAAUCUGCAAAAUUGUGUUCUUUCA